AUGCGGCUUCCCAGGGCCGACGAUGCUGGGCCCAGUGCUGGAUACGCCGGGGCAGCUCUGCUAUUUGCUACGCUGGCUCAAUGGCUGUCCUCCCAAGACUCUGAACUUGACACAGAGAUCUUGUGCUGGGCCUUUUUGCCGGUCCUGAUCAAGUCCCUGAGCCAGCCACAGCCUAAAUCGCUGUUGAGACCAGUAGUCUCCGGUAAGGCUAGGGGGACAUCUUCAUCUCCAUACUCAUUGUGGAUUGUAGCCGUGAGCGCUGCUGUCUAUUCACUUUUCAGGUCAGAAACUGGUUUGGUCCAAUUUUUGCCUGCACUGACGCCUCUGCUCUUGGCGGUUCAAAAUUAUCUUGGAUCCGCUUCCAAACCGGCUGGCUUAUUUUCCCCUUUGGUGAGCCCCAACUGGGGUGCCAUUCUGGCUGCUUCUUUUGGUGUUCUCACAUUCUCAAAUUGGAGUAUUUGGGCAUUCUUAUUCUCUAUAAUUCCAAGCACGUUUCUCUUCAUUUUUUAUACUGCUCUAUUGCCAAGAAGUAGGACAUCUACCAUCUUUCCGUCCAUCAACCUCGAGAAUACCAUUCGCCCUCUUUCUGUACGCAUUGCUGUUCUUCUAUUAUUCAUAUCGGGCGUCGACAUUGCCUUUUUUGGAUUAAACUCCACUGGCAUCAUCAGGACGUUCUUCCUAGCUUUUAUCAAGGCCUUGUCUUGGUUUUUUGUUAUACAGGUGUCAUUAACUAUUGCUCAGGCUCGAGAUGCUUCUUGGAUUGUUGCUCCUCUGAUAACCACAUUUAGUAUCUCUUUCAGUACUAAUCCAACAAAUGAGUCAUCGGAUUUUCAGGCUGUGGCCUACAGUUUAAUUUCCGUAAUCACUCUCGGCCAACUGGUCGCUCUGUUACCGAAACAAGCAAAAUUCAGGCUUGUGUUAUGGCUGUUUGGCGUCGCAUCAUUUAUACCACUUUUAUCCAAUCUAUGGAUGAUUCGCGAUGCGCAACAAUCGGCGAAAAUAUUUGGCCCUGAACGAGAGCACCCCGUCGAGAGUCUUGUACGCGGCGGCAAGGCCAACUUUAAGAGUCUUCUCAAGACCCAAUCCAAGUCUUACAAUGAGGCUGUCGAACAAUACCAGCUCCGAUACCAUGCUGAACCGCCCCCAGGUUUCGAAGCUUGGUAUGAGUUUGCAGUUCACCAUGAAUCCUCUAUAAUCGACGAUUUUGACGCAAUCUAUCACGCCGUGUCACCAUUUUGGAAACUUAGCGGGAAAACAGUGACUGAGACUAUGAGCCAGAUUCACUUCGCGCAAAACAGUGAAAUGUGGUUCUGCAGUUUCAACGGUGAAUCUGCUACCUCGGACUGCGCACAUGCUUAUCGAGUUUUCGAUAGACAUCUCAAGGUUCUGCUCGAUACGCUGUUCAAGGGACUGAAUGGCGCUCUUCCUGACGUCAAGUUUCUGGUGAAUCAUUUUGAUGAGCCGCGGAUAUUAAUCCCGACGUGGGGAGCAGAAGAGGCCCGUAACCACCCGCAGUUUAACAUCACCAGCAUGUCCCAUCAACCUAUUUGGGAUGAGGUUACAAAAUUCUGCACGUCCAGGGAUAAAAGCAAGAAAGCAAAGACACAGUCUUCAUCGCAAGCGUUUGAUCUACCAUUUGUUACAGACCAAUCCUCCGCCAUGGAUCUCUGUGAACACCCAGAGUAUCGCAAUAUGCACGGCCUCUUCGUGAGCCCCGUGUCCUUUUCACUUGUUGAGGGGUUUGUCCCAGCUCUCUCGACCGGCUCGCCAUCGACAAUGGGCGACAUUUUACUCCCGAGCCCUGCGUACAUUGAAGGAGAGUUUAUCUACGACGACUCAAAAGAGGUUGGCUGGGAUGAAAAGCGUAAUAACCUCUACUGGGCUGGAUCCACGACUGGCGGGUUUGCCACAGAUGCAAACUGGAUUAACUACCAGAGGCAAAGAUUUGUGAAGCUGGCACAAAACAUUGAGCGACGAGAGUAUUACUAUUUGCGAGAGAUUGGCGGCGUAAUCCAGCGCGUUGCGUCAACGUUUUUGAACGGUCGACUCUUUGAUGUCGCCUUUACCAGGAUAUUCCAAUGCGACAGGAAAUAUUGCAGAGAUCAGAAGAGGUUCUUCAAGGUCGGUGGCUGGGCAGAUAAGGACAAAGCACUUAAGUCACGCCUAGUCUUUGAUCUCGAUGGAAAUGGCAUUAGUGGUCGCUAUUACAAGCUGCUCGCAUCAAAGUCGGCACCAAUGAAGCAAACGCUCCUCAGAGAAUGGCACGACGAUCGUCUCGUUCCCUGGGUUCAUUAUAUCCCAGUUAGCCAAAGCUUGGAAGAGCUCCCAGAGCUGGUGUUUUAUUUGACAUCAACUGAGGCUGGACAAAACAGGGCUAGAGAAAUUGCAGAGCAAGGUCGUGAUUGGUUUUUCAAGGCAUUGAGAGAAAAGGACAUGGCAGUCUACAUGUAUCGACUGCUAUUGGAGUUGGCGAGGCUACAGGACCCGAGCAGAGAGGCAGGAUUUCCUGCAACCCACUAGUUAAUACGAGUUAUACGGAAUACCAAGAAACGAUACGUUGCAUGCACGCCAGGGAUGGAUAAAUCUUUUGAUUGGAGAUAACAGCAAAAGUUCAAUUCAUUAAAUUAACCUAAAUGUUGAAUGGCCAAAGUUACAGAAUUAGUUCCAUCUCA